AUGGCUCUCAACAUACCAGGAGUUACAGUUAUGGUUGCGUUCUACUUGCUUGUGUUGGGAACUGGCAUCUGGGCAUCCCUAAAAUCUAAGAAGAUGGAGAAAGACAUGCACAGUAGUCAUGUAGAAGUUUCCUUUUUAGCGAACCGCAGAGUCAGCUUGGUAAUGGGAGUAUUUACAAUGACAGCUACUUGGGUUGGCGGUGCCUUUAUCAUUGGUGUUGCAGAGUCUGUGUACGAUCCCACCAAAGGUCUUAUCUGGGCUCUCAUUCCUCUGCAGGUCUCUGUUUCCUUCAUUAUUGGUGGAUUGUUCUUUGCGAAGCCAAUGAGGGAGAAAAAUUACAUCAGCAUGAUGGAUCCAUUUCAGAGGAAGUAUGGAAAGGCACUGGCCGCGGUUCUCGCCAUUGUUCCAGUCAUAGUUGAAAUCAUAUGGGUUCCUGGAUUAUUGAUUUCUCUGGGGGCGACCAUGACUGUCAUCUUAGAUCUACCCUUCGGUGUUUGCGUCUGGAUCUCUGCUGCAGUGGCGAUCAUCUACACCGUCCUCGGAGGUCUCUAUUCAGUUGCUUACACUGACGUCAUCCAACUCUCACUGGUGCUUAUUAGCCUGUGGCUGUGCGUCCCUUUUGUUCUAGCAAGCGACCUCUAUACGGACAUCACUAAAACAGCGUUCAACCACACGUAUCAGGCCUCCUGGCUCGGUCAGCUUAAGUCUAAUGAAGUUGGUAGAUGGAUUGAUGAUUUCUUAGUUAUGGCUGUCGGGAAUAUGGCCGUUCAGGAUUUCCAUCAAAGGACGCUCUCUUCCAGCUCAGCAUCCACAGCCAGAACCAUCUGUUUCAUAGCAGCAGGAGGAGUCGUCAUUGCUGGACUCCCGUCAAUGUUGAUUGCUGCUGUUGCAGCUUCAACAGAUUGGAACUCCACAUCAUAUGGUUCUCCCUCUCCAUAUGAGCGAGGGGAGACAGCCAUGGUGUUGCCCAUCAUCCUUCAGCAUUUAACCCCGAGCUACAUUUCUGCUUUUGGCAUCGGAGCUGUCGCUGCUGCUGUGAUGUCAUCUGCUGACUCUUUUCUCUUAUCUGCGACCACCAUCUUCACCAACAACAUCUACCAGACGAUCAGGAGUCAGGCAUCAGAUAAAGAGUUGCAGUGGGUGAUUCGGCUCUCCAUAGUGGUUGCAGGACUUGUGGGAACAUCCCUCACUAACCUGGAUGGUGGUAUUUUGGUGUUCUGGAUCCUAGGCUCAGACUUGACCUACACGAUUAUGUUCCCGCAACUGAUCUGCGUCCUCUUCACUGAGGUUUCCAACGGUUACGGUGCAAUCGCAGGCUACCUGGUUGCAGUGGUGAUGAGACUGUUGUGUGGAGAGCCGUUGUUAGGCCUCCCUGUUAUUCUGCAGUUCCCAGGUUGCACUUUGGUGGACGGGGUUUACAUUCAGCGUUCUCCUGUUAAGACCAUUUGCAUGCUGUCCGCUCUAGUCUCCAUCCUCAUGUUUUCAUAUGUGGCCACGAUCCUGUUUAACAAGGGGAUCCUUCCUGAGAGGCUGGAUGUGUUCAAGGUGAAAUCCCAGCAAGCACCAGCAGAUGGUGCCAGAGAGAAUGAGUAUCAAAACAAACAAGACUCAUCUGCCUCUGAACCAAUGUUUGAUACAAGAUGCUAA